AAUUAAAUAUCUCAUUAUUUAAACGUAUUCAUUUCUCUAAUGGACGGUAGGGGAGAAAUGAUUUCUUUUCUCAAAUAAAAAAGUUCAUAUUAUGAGGCUAUAAAAAAAUUUCGAUAAAUGGCCGUUAAAAACUUAAAUUUUAAUGUAUUUCCUGAUUUCGCCCGAAUUAGACGGCUCUCUUUAUUUUUAAUUUAAAUGGUUCCAUUCUUUCUGAGUCGGAAACAAAUUUGACGCCAAAGAUUUGAUAGUUAGUUGAUCGAUUAUCAAAAAAACAAGCAUGAUUUUCACAAAAAUUCUGAUGCCACUUCUUUUCGUGUUUGGCGUGGGUGCAAAUUUGUCAGCACUCUACAUGCUGAAAAGACAGUGGAAAAAGAUCCAGCAGCACAUUGUCAGUCACACUUUAGUCCACUUGGCAGUCUCAGACAUCAUCUACCUUUCAGUGCUCGGAGUGAUGAGCUGGGAACAGCUGACGGGAAAAAUCAUUUCCCCAUAUCUGUGCAAGCCUAAGUUCUUCUUUGAUGUCUUGUCACAACACGUGAGUGCGUGGCUGAUUGUUACUAUGAGUCACGAGCGGUAUCAAGCCAUGAACAACCCAUACGCCUACAACUCCACAUACCAAACGAAGAAUGCCAUAGCACUUGUGUUCGUCUGGAUCAGCGGACUAGUUGUAUCUGCGCCAAUUGGAGUGUUCACAGCUGCAAUUGAGGAACCCUAUCCAGACCUGGGCAUCAGAACCACAGCCAACACAUCAGUGCUACACUGUGGAAGCACCUGGAACCCUGUCUGGAAAUCUGUCUAUUUCUCCUCACUGGCUGUGAUGGAGUGUUUGCUACCUGUGAGUCUGAUGGUGUUCUUCUACAUCGGAGUGUUCAAGAAUUUCCUUCGCCAAAUCAGAAAUCCUAGGAGUGCAUUGGCGCAUAUCAACCAGAACAGACUCAGUGCCGUACUUGGACUAAUAGUUGUCAGCUUCAUCGUCUCCUACGGUCCCUUCUAUAUUUCUCAAAUGGUCAAUGAGUUCCACUUGUUCGCAAACCAUCAAGUGGCUGUUAUAUACAUGACAGUCGUGUUCCAAAUUCUAACAUAUGUCAACAGCUGUUUAAGUCCUAUUCUCUACAGCGGAUUCACGAAGAAGUUCAUGUUGAUACGAGACUUGGCCGAUUCGUCGCCACCCGGUGCGAACUACCCGGUGGUCACGCCGUGCGAUGACGACGACGACAACGAAGAGCACAAGGUCGCUUUCGUUCCAUCGACGUCGCGUUUGUCAUGCGAAGUGAGCAACAAAAAUGAGUGUACGGGAGCUUAACGACGUGAUCAACUGCUAUUUAAUCAUAUCUGUUAUUUUACCAUUUAUGUUUUGACAUUUGAAGCUCCCCUAUUUUCUUAUUUUGUCGUAGAUUAACCCCGACUGAUUUGCUCAGUGCUAUUUGAGAAUAUUAUUAAAAAGUUUAAUUACACAUUUAUAGUCU